GAACCGAUUCAUUUGAUAUUUAGAAAUACGGGUCUCGUCAUUAUAUGCUUACGCUGACGCUGUAAUUUAUGAUUCAAAGGCCAGGGUGGGCAAGCGAGGCGGGCUGCCGUACAAAUUUCAAAUUCAAAGGGAACACGAACCCUCUUCCUCGGUCUUGGCGUGAGCAUCUUCAUAUACCACUACCUCCUAUUCGUCUUCUCCAUUCAUUGCUUCCAUUUUCUUUAAGGGUUUGAUCUAUCUACCUUUAUCAAUUAUAUUCGUUUUUUCCCCGCUGCAAUUGGAGGGGGACUUGAACUCAGUCUUUUACUUUUUAAUUGAAUCUGCCUCUCAAUGACUAGUAACAACUCCAACACCAACACCUACGAAGAGGCUCGGAAGCAACGCCUCCUUGAAAAUAAAAAACGAAUUGAGGAAUUGGGGAUUUUGAAGAUAUCUAAAAGUUUGUCAGAUAUCACAAAAUCUGGGAAGCCCCAGAGACGUCAACCAAAACCUAGAGCAACUAGCAUCAGCAUUUUGGAGCCAAGACGUUCCUCACGUGCACGUAACAUCGUUUCUUCUUACCGCGAUGAUAUUGGUGUAGAGCUCCCUCUCAUGCGUAAGAGAUCAAAAUUCAAUUCCUCAUGGACAAGUUAUCUUGCAAGGCCGGUUGAUGAGGUCAAAAGUUCUACGCUUGAAGAAAGGAACGCUGCUAUGAAAUCUGCAGAGAAGAUCCAAUGCAGCCAGCAGUCUAAAUUUCCAUCUUUCAUCAAGUCAAUGGUCCGGUCUCAUGUUUAUAGCUGCUUUUGGUUGGGACUACCUACUUGGUUUUGUGAAGACCAUCUCCCGAAGUCCGAUGGAAAUACCGAAAUUGUAUUGGAGGAUGAGAGUGGCGCUGAAUAUGAAGCUGUAUAUAUCAGCAAGAGAACUGGGCUCAGUGGUGGAUGGAGAGCAUUUGCUCUGGAUCACAAGUUAGACGAUGGAGAUGCAUUGGUAUUUGAAUUGACUGAGCCAACAAGAUUUAAGGUAUACAUAGUUAGAGCUUGUGAUGAUCCAGGCAAAGAAGAAAUGUUAGAAGUUACUGAAGAAGAAAAAAUUUCCAAGGAGGUACCAAAAGAGAUCAUGGCCAAGACAAAUAGGAAAACUGAAUCAAAGAAAGGAAGCAAUUCUGUGCUUGUGUCAGGCAGAAAAUGGAAAUGUGAUGAGUCAAGCCUAGAAAAUGAUAAUACCCUUGAAAUCAGAGAAGAACUCAAAAGUUUGAAAGAGAUUAAAGCAGAAGACAAGAAGAAGCCAAUACGGGUAUCAUCCAGGAAACGAAGUAGUCGGCAGUGAGAGCCUAUAGGGUGUAUAUUAACUAAUUAAAGUGUUAAUGCCAUACCAGUUAGAGCUUAAACUUAAAAAAUCUGGAGAUUUGUCUUGUCUAUGAUUUUAUUUAACUUAUGCCAGAGGGACAGAAUAGCAUAUGUCUGACUGCAACAUAUGUUUUACUAGUCGAUAUGGUACUGUGGCGGGGGACAUAAUAUCUUUGUGUCAGGAUUUUGGGGUGGUAGAUUGAUUACAAUGACAUUGUAAUGCAAAUAUUUAUCCACCAUCAAAUGUCAGAGUUGCUACUAGUUUCUUUAGGAAA